GCUUCCCCUAUUUCUUGGUUAUCUUUGUUUUCUAAUUCUUGUUAUUCGAAUCGUGAGUGAGGGACGAUACUUAAUUUAGGUUGAUUUUGCUUCGCUUUCCACUUGAUCCAAUGCCCAUUGCUCUAUUCAUUCCCAAUUUCCACUCUCUCGCAAUUCCCCUAAUUUUCUUACACUGCAAUUUCCUUUUCCUCUAAAAUGUUAGGGCUGGAAUCCCUAUUUCAUUUCUGAGACCUUUCUGCACGUCAAGUGCUUCGUGAAUCCAAUACGACACGCCACUCUCUUUAUUUUUCCCAUUUCACUUUGCUCUUCCUACAACUCAGUUUGGCCUCCCUAUUCAACACAUUUCCAGCUUUGUAAUUUCAUUUGUUUUGGGUGCACCUUCUACAAAAACAGAAGUCAGUGGUGAAGAGUUAUCAGAAAUAGAUGAAACAGCAGUUAUAAAUUUAUAAUGUCUGGACUUAUUGAAGGACUCCCCCACGCUCUUCUAUCUCCACCCAAUAUUGGAGCUUGUCUCUCGUUCUUGGCAAGCAGCUAUUCGUAGCCCUGAUUAGUAUUUGUCUUGUGCUUUCGUUUAUGAAACCAAGCAUCAAUUCUUAUCCUGGUUUUUAUUGACUUCAUGCUGAAAUUCAUCUUCACAAAAUUGCUGGUAGGUGAAGAUGCUUGCAAUAAGAAAGCUCAAAACAGGACCUGAUAUCCCUUUUGUUUUAUGUGUCACGGUUGCUAAUUGCAAUUAUGGUACGGUCCGAGUUUCCAAUAGCAAAAAUGUCCGGUCUAUUGUGAAGUCUGUUGGCUCUUGUUCAGCCAGCUCAAGUUCGCAAGCAUUUCUACUGGGAUUGGAGAAUAAACAUACUCUUCAGGGACUAUAUUUCUCUAGUGUGACUGAAAGGAUCCUAGUCCAGGCUCGAGAUCCUGCCAAAGUUAGUUUGGAAAUUCUGGAUGCUAUUAGUGUGAAUCAAUUAGAUUAUUCAUGGAAAUUAUUGGAGCAGCAUAUGCACAUGGAGGGAUUUCCCAGAAAAUCUGUCAUUAGCAAGCUCAUAACAAGUUAUGUGGACAGCCAUGAUGUGCAGUGGCUAGGAAAAGCUUAUGAAUUGGUAGAACGUGCUAUUGAGGAAGGUAAGCAAGACUUGUUAGAAAAGGAAGUGCUUAUCUACCUUAGCUUUGGCCUUGCAAAAGCAAGAUUACCAGUUCCAGCAUCCACCAUUUUAAGAAAGAUGAUAGAUAUGGAGCAUUUUCCCUCGGUCACCGCCUGGUCAGCAGUUUUGGCACACAUGUCACAAACAGCAGAGGGAAGCUACCUUGCUGCUGAGUUGAUUCUUGAAAUAGGUUAUUUGUUCCAGAACAAUAGAGUAGAUCCACGUAAAAAGAGCAAUGCACCUAUGAUAGCCAUGAAACCAAACACUGCUUCUUUUAACAUUGCGUUGGCAGGGUGCCUCUUAUUUGAGACAUCUAGGAAGGCUGAGGAGCUUCUUGAUAUGAUGCCUCGAAUUGGUGUCAAAGUUGAUGCAAACUUACUGAUAAUAAUGGCACGUAUAUAUGAGAGAAAUGGACGAAGGGAAGAGCUCAAGAAGCUGCAGAGGCACAUAGAGGAAGCUCCAAAUCUAACUGAUUUACAAUUCCGACAGUUUUAUAAUUGUUUGCUGACAUGCCAUUUGAAAUUUGGGGAUCUAGAUUCUGCAGCAAACAUGGUUUUGGAAAUGCUUAGGAAAGCAAAGGAAGCAAGAAAUUCUCUUGCAGCUACCAAAUUUAUGAUAACUGCUGCUAAAAUUGAUCAUAACCAUUCUCCUGGACGGGCUUCUGUGCAUAGUUUGAACAACAGUAAUGAUUUUGAUAGUUUAGAAAACAAGCCAAUUACAAAUGCUGUAAUAUCUUACGAGGAGUUCUCUAAAGAUAGAAAUUUCUCAAAGCUUGAAGCAGUGUCAAAUGCUGUACUUGGUUCUUUAUUAGCUAAGUUGCAGAUGCAGGUGGACUUGAUUACCACCAAACAUGGUAUACUGCAGCCAACUGAAACAAUUUAUGUGAAAUUAGUUAAAGCUUUUCUAGAAGCUGGCAAGACCAAGGAUUUAGCUGUGUUUCUUCUGAAGGCAGAAAGAGACGAUUCUCCGUUUUCCAAUGACAACUCAGCCUUGGUUCAUGUUAUUAAUGCUUGCAUUUCACUUGGAUGGCUGGAUCAAGCACACGAUCUCCUUGAUGAGAUGCGUCUAGCCGGAGUUAGAACUGGUUCAUCCGUAUACUCCUCACUUUUGAAAGCAUAUUGCCGAGCAAAUAGGACCACAGAUGUGACGUCACUUCUGAGAGAUGCUAGGAUAGCCGGUAUCCAGCUUGACUCAAGCUCUUAUGAGGCAAUGAUCCAAUCGAGGGUGCUCCAGCAAGACACACAUGGAGCACUCAAACUAUUCAAAGAGAGGAAAGAAGCUAGAAUUCCAAAAGUCACUCAACAAAACUCUGGCAUGAUGGCUAAAAGUGGUGCCGAGACAGAUGAAGCUGGACUGAUGACCAAGCUGUUACAGGAAAUCAAGGAAGGGCAGAGAGUGGAUUAUGGAGUUCAUGACUGGAAUAAUGUGAUCCACUUUUUUUGCAAGAAGAGACUCAUGCAAGAUGCAGAAAAGGCUCUAAAGAAGAUGAGAAGCUUAGGCCACUCGCCGAAUGCGCAAACUUUCCAUUCUAUGGUCACUGGGUAUGCUGCUAUUGGAGGGAAUUAUCAAGAGGUGACAGAGCUGUGGGGUGAGAUGAAAGCUCUUGCUUCUUCUAUCUCCAUGAAGUUUGAUCAGGAACUUCUUGAUUCUGUGCUGUAUACAUUUGUAAGAGGUGGAUUCUUCGUUCGAGCCAAUGAAGUUGUGGCAACAAUGGAAAAAGGAAAUAUGUUUGUUGACAAGUACAAGUACCGAAUGCUGUUCUUGAAAUAUCAUAGAACACUUCACAAAGGCAAGGCUCCUAAAUUUCAGACAGAAUCCCAACUAAAGAAAAGAGAAGCAGCCCUCGCUUUUAAAAGGUGGAUAGGCUUGAAUUGAGGAGUGUCAACUAAACAAUGUAUUAGCUCUUGCAAAUUUCAACUUUCAAGCAGUAAUCUUGGAGGCAGUUGAAUUUCUGUUCUCUCUCCUUUUCUCAUUUAGAUUUAUAUUUAUAGGGUUAAUUGACACUAAUGUACUACCAAUGUGAAUAAACCAACACAUUAGUAAGAUAUUCCUCUCACUUGCUGAUACAUGCCACUGACAAUACAGCUACAUUGUAGAAAGACUAGUUAAUUUUAACCUCAAUUUGCUAAAAUAUAUUUAUUUAUUUUCCCUCUAUUUA